AUGGAGAGAACAAACAACACUCCACUGACAGAGUUCGUCCUGACAGGGAUUCCUUACCCACCCAAGCUAAGGACAUUCCUUUUUUUAUUCUUCCUGGUCAUAUACACGCUGACACAAAUGGGAAAUCUUCUCAUCUUCCUCACAGUAUGUAUUGACUCCCAACUCCAUGCACGCCCUAUGUAUAUCUUCCUUGGUGCCCUGUCCGUCAUUGACAUGGGGAUCUCCUCCAUCAUUGUUCCACGGCUCAUAAUGAACUUUACUCCUGGCAUUAAGCCUAUCUCAUUUGGUGGUUGUGUAGCUCAACUCUAUUUCUACCAUUUCCUGGGCAGCACUCAGUGCUUCCUUUACACUCUGAUGGCCUAUGAUAGAUACCUGGCCAUAUGCCGACCCCUGCACUACCCUGUCCUAAUGACCUCAAAGAUGUGCUACUUGAUGGUGACAGGAGCAUGGAUAGCUGGGUCUAUCCAUGGUGCUAUCCAAGCCAUACUCACUUUCCGCUUACCAUACUGUGGUCCCAACCAGGUAGAUUAUUUUUUCUGUGACAUCCCUGCAGUGCUAAGACUAGCCUGUGCUGAUACAACCAUCAAUGAGCUGGUGACUUUUGUGGACAUUGGAGUGGUAGUUGCCAGUUGCUUCUCUCUAAUCCUGCUCUCCUACAUACAUAUCAUCAAAGCCAUCUUAAGAAUCCGCACAGCCGAUGGAAGAAGACGUGCAUUCUCCACCUGCGGAGCCCAUGUGACAGUGGUAACAAUUUACUAUGUGCCCUGUGCCUUUAUCUACCUGAGACCAGAAGCCAAUAGCCCCUUAGAUGGAGCAGCUGCUCUGUUCCCCACAGCCAUCACUCCUUUUCUUAACCCAUUGAUCUACACUCUGAGGAACCAAGAGGUAAAGUUAGCGCUAAAGCGAAUGGUAGGUGACCAAAGGGCUAUGAGUAAGAACUGA